AUGUACGAAGAAAUGGGUUCUAACACUGACAAUAUCUCACGCCGCUGCUCUCUGCCUUCCUUCAACUCCAACACCAGCAUGGCUGCCUCUGAUGUUGGCGAGGAGCGCCGCCUGCCUCCCCUUCCCCAGAUUCUGCCUCUGCCACCCCGCGGUCCUUUCAGCCCAUUCAAUGUGAAGGAUGCCCUUGUUCCUACCACUCCAGGGCCCCAGGAUACUUUCCAAUUCAAGUCCCCUUGGGCAGCUGCCGAGCACAUUAUCACCCCUCCCUCACCGGCUAACUCUGCCGAGGGCUCCUGGCAAGAGUCAUUUGCCGUGCAAAAGUCCAACACGGUCGAUUGGCCCCAUGACCUCUCUCAAAACGAGAUCAUGGCUCUGGUAGCCCCACAGAAUCUCAACCGCAAGGCUCCUCUACAGCAGCUCUGCGGCCGCAAGCGCAAGGGUAGCGCCCAGUCUGUUGAAGAUGACCAGCGCGAGAAGCACCGCAUCGCCGAGGGCAACCGCCGCAGCAACCUCAGCGAGCUGCACCGCCAGUUAGACAGCCGCAUCCACGAUUUCUUCCUCGAGCGUGCAGGCUGGAACCCUUCCAAGAGCCUUACUCAAUCCAAGGAGCACAUCGUGCAAGGAGCCAUCUACCUAAUUGACUUCAUGCUUGCCAUUAUCGUCCACCUUAUCCGCCAGGAACAGGUCACACCGCAGCUCUCAGAGAAGCUGCAGCCCCAGGUCCGCUGCAUGCAGCUGCAGCAGCUAGUCAGCUCCCUACAGCAACAAAACCAGACGGCCCAGCAACAGCUCAAGGCCACAAAGGCCGAGAACGAGAUCCUCGCUGAUCGUAACCGCGCCUUGGAGUUCCAGCUCAAGUCCUACGAACAGAUGUUCCGCUCUCCCAAGUCCGAGAGUACCAGCCCCGGCCCCGUCCUCGAGUUCCCCGAACACAAGCGCCAGAAGAAGAAUGGUCUACCUGGUAUGCGGGUGCUCUGCGAUGAGAUCGCUGCCAGCAUGCCCUCCGAGCCUUCCUACACUACUGCUCCUUACUAUGACUCCAUGCCUAGCUCGACCUCGCAGUCCUUUGGCAGUUCCUACCUCACUGCCACUCCGCCCAUGACUGGUCCUUCUUCUCCUGCCUUCCCUCCUUCUCAGUCUUCGUCUUUCUCAUUCCCACCGCCAUCUCGUCGCCACUCUCUCAUUGCGUCUCCAUAG